UGGGGUUUUUAAAUAAAGUUGUUUGGAUUCAAACAACAUGGCUGCUCGCUUUGAUCCCCUCAUGCCGUUGGAUUGAAGAUGUGAAAACUGCAAGAUUUUCUUUUUAAAAAAGAGAUUUUGUUUUUAUCAUUUCAGAGUUGGCAUGGCCACUGCAGGAAAGCCGGUUAAAAAAGAAAUCAAAAGGCAGAUUCCAGCCAAGACCUCCUUCACCUCACCCUUCACCCCAACAUGGAGCCCUCUUCCCCAAGAAGACAUGCAUUUCAUCCUGAAAACCCUGAAGGACAAGCUGAUCUCCACGGGGCUUGAGAAGAAAGAGGUCAAAGUGUUUCGCCCGUGGAGGAAAAAGAAAAAGCAGAAUCCUGCUGCCGCCACAUCAGAGCCUGUUCCCCAGGUGCAGGAUUCUCCCAAAAAAGGCUGGACAGAUGUGGCAGCCAGACGACAGUUGGCCAUUGGCGUCAACGAGGUCACCAAGGCUCUGGAGAGAAAUGAGCUCAAACUGGUGCUGGUUUGUAAGUCCGUCAAACCGAAACACAUGACGAGUCACCUGAUAGCGCUGAGUGUAACAAGAGGCGUGCCGGCGUGCCAGGUGCCUCGUCUGAGCCAGAGCGUGUCCGAGCCACUGGGUCUGAAGAGUGUCCUCGCACUGGGAUUCAGACACGGUGCCUCCGAGGAUGAGGAGGUCUUCACUGAAACUGUUGAUGCUAUUAAACCCAGAGUGCCUUCACUGGCUGUCGCAUGGCUGCCAGGUGCAGCACCCACGGUAACGCCCGAGGUCCCUGCUGACACGGAGGAGGAGAAGGAGGCGGAGGCCGUAGAGAAGAAAGGCCAGAAAAGGAAACUGGAAAGUGAAUCUGAGGAGGUCACAGAGUCUCCCUCCUCCUGCACUCUGCAGCCUCUCAAAGUGAAGAAAAUAGUUGCUAACCCUGCAAAGAAGAGAAAAAAGUCAGUUAAGACAUAAACUGUCAAAUGAAAGAGAAAGUCAGUCUAGAUAUUUAAUGGACCAUUCCUGUGUUUUUGCACGUUUUAGCCCAGUGGGUCCAAACAAUUUUUAACUAGUGACUGCAAGGGUCAACUUGACACCUGUGACACCUGGGCACAGGUUAGGGCCUUAGCGUGGAUAUG